GGAGGUCCUGACACAAACCCGGAAGUGACCGUUUGUUUUGGAGCCGAACAUCGUACUUCCAUAAGGAAGUCUCAGUCUGCUCUGUUAUGUUUUUCUGUGCAUUUCAUGGAAGUGAUUCCAUUCACACAGUCAGAAAUGUCAAACGAGGUGAACGGGAAGCCUCGGUUUUACACCUGUAGCUGCUUCACGACUGACAACAUAUUUCUGGAGGACUACAAACUCCACGUUCGCUUUGUUUCGGAGCAGCAGUUCAGACUGGACUACCAGGCACUGCUGAAGAGGCUUGGUUGUGCCACGGAGCAACAGUAUGAAGAUGUGCUCCGCAAGAUUUCCCUGGAAGUGGACAGACGAAAGCGUCUGGAUGUGGCAUCUGCCAAUAGAGCCGCUGCUAUAAAAGACAAGUACAAGCCUCUGCAUCCUCACGUCUACCACCUGCAGGAGUCCUACCUCGCUCCGAAGCUCAAGCAGAUUGUUGAAUACUGCCGAAGUGACAGCGCCAGUGAGGAUGGUCUCCUACACUUGUUGGAAGAAGAGGCAGCUCUGAGGGUUUAUCGCUUCCCCGUGUUUGUGAAAAGCUUCUGUGAGGAGCUGGUGGAGGAGCUGGAGCAUUUUGAGCAGUCCUCUGCCCCCAAAGGAAGACCAAACACCAUGAACCACUACGGGAUUCUCCUCAACGAGCUGGGCUUCGACGAGGGCUUCAUCACGCCUCUGCGUGAGCAGUACUUGCACCCGCUGACCUCUCUUCUGUACCCGGACUGCGGGGGGCGCUGUCUGGACAGCCACAAGGCCUUUGUCGUCAAGUAUGACAUGAAUGAGGACCUGGACCUGAGCUAUCACUACGACAACGCAGAGGUCACCCUUAAUGUGUCUCUUGGCAAGGACUUCACUGAGGGGAACCUUUAUUUUGGCGACAUGAGACAGGUGCCGCUGAGUGACACGGAGUGCUCCGAGGUAGAGCACCGGCCGACCGAAGGCGUCCUUCACCGGGGCCAACACAUGCACGGGGCCCUGCCCAUCUCCUCCGGCCAGCGCUGGAACCUCAUCAUCUGGAUGAGGGCCUCACAGGAACGCAACAAACUGUGCCCCAUGUGCAACAGGAGCCCAUCGCUGGUGGAAGGAGAGGGCUUCGCCGACGGCUUCACCCAACAACCUCAAGCACUGCCCGCCGCUUCGUGCGCGCUGACGUGACCGGCUGCUUUUAUGACAGCAGGAACCCAUCAAACCGAAUCAGUGAUAAUGAUGCCUUGUGAUCAUGUUCCAGAUUGGAAUGAUUAAUAUUUGUUUCUUGUAUGAAUAUAAUAAUGGGUGUAGGGGUAGAGUCUCUGACUCGUAUGUGUACAUAUGAGCCAGGGACUGCAGCGCACCGUCUUUGUUUUGCCUUUGUUCAUAAAUCUAGAGGUCAGCCUUUCUAAUAUUAAACAUUUGUCCUACACAACAUUUGUCCUAUCUUUUGAAGGCUAGCUAUUAUCUGGUGGUUCUGACUCAGCGGCUUUUUUGGACUGUUUCUGCAGUCUUUAUCUUCACCAGCACUACCAGAGCAAGAAAAAGAAGUGAACACACAUUCGAUAUGGUAUGCUUACAGAUUUCUUAGCUGCUACACAUCUGGAGAAAGAAAUGGCUCAGUCACACUUUGGAAUAAUGGAAGUUUAAUAACACAAAUCCUGUCAGUUCUUCUCAUGAAGGAAGUAUCACAGUCGACGUCAACUAUGUUUCCUUGUACAAAGACUUUUAGUGUAAAACCCAAAUGUGAACCUGUGGGCUACAUCUUACAGAUUAAAAGAUGCUUUUUAGAACAUUAGG